AUCCACCAGUCGACAUGUUCGCCCGCUCUGCAUUCGCUGUUGCUGUUGUCGUCGCCGUUGCCCUCGUUGGCGGAGUGUCCGCUCAGGAGCCCAACUGUGCGCGUAACUACACGGUCGUGCCUGGCGACACCUGCGACGGCAUCGCGGCGAAGACGAACACGCCCACCUUCCAGCUCGAGACGGUGAACGCAGACAAGAUCGACGCCGCAUGCGACAAUCUGGCCGUCGGCGAGCCGCUGUGCCUUGGCAUAAUCGGCCAGGACUGCGACAUCACGCACGUUGUCCAGCCCGGAGACAGCUGCGGCGUGAUUGCGCAGGAGGCGAAGACUACGCUGGACAUUCUGCUGGCGAACAACCCGAACGUCAACGCGCAGUGCACCAACAUCGGUGUCGGAGAGGUGCUUUGCACGGCGAGCGAGGUCAUCGGGAACUCGACGGCGGGUGCAGCCUGAGAUCGCUGGCGCGAUGAGCGUAGCAGUUCAGGAAGAGAUAUUAACAGGGACUUGUUUUGAGGUUGCGGCAUAGUGGAAGGAGACCUAGCACAUAUGGAAAUUUCUAGUGGCAAUGAAC